AUGAAGCGCAAGGUUGAAGAUAUGGCCGACACGGCGGAAAAGGCCACUCCGACGGCCGGCAAGUCUGAAAAAAGCUUUUCAUUCACCGAUCUUGCCCUCGAUCCCCGCCUGGUGCAGGCUGUCGCGGAGCAAAAGUUCUCUCAGCCGACGCUGGUGCAGCGCAUGGCCAUUCCCAUUGCUCUCAAGGGCCAAGAUGUGCUGUGCAAGGCUAAAACUGGCUCUGGAAAGACUGCCGCAUACGUUUUGCCUGUGCUAAAUGGCAUAUUAAAGCGCAAGACUACCGACCCCGAGCCUGCGACCACCGCACUUAUCCUCGUUCCGACGCGCGAGCUGGCGGACCAAGUCUUCAAGGCAAUUGAGCAAUUUUCCGCGUUCUGCUCUAAAGAUGUGCGCGCCGUCAAGCUGACCGACAAAUUGUCGGACGCUGUCCAGCGAUCCCUGCUCGCUACGCUACCCGACAUUGUCAUUUCGACGCCGGCGCGAGCAUGGCACAACGUGAACGGAAACUCGUCUGCCUUAUCUUUGGCCAAACUCUCACAUCUUGUCCUGGACGAAGCGGAUUUGCUGCUAUCAUACGGCUACGAUGGCGACUUGGAAAACUUGUCAUGGUCAAUACCGAAAGGAAUUCAGACAAUCAUGAUGAGCGCUACGCUGACGUCGGAAGUCAACUCGCUCAAGAAAAUCUUCUACCGCGACAACGUGCCCGAACUGUUAGACCUGGAAGAGCCGGAGAACGAGGGUGAGGGCAUCACACAGUUGGUCACCAAGUGCGCUGAGGACGAAAAGUUUCUGCUCGCCUACGUCAUCUUCAAGCUUAAGCUCGUCAAAGGCAAGUGUAUAAUAUUUGUUGCCGACAUUGACCGUUGCUACCGGUUGAAGCUUUUUUUCGAGCAGUUUGGCAUUCGCAGCUGUAUUCUGAACGCUGAGCUGCCCGUCAACUCGCGAAUCCAUGUCGUGGAAGAAUUCAACAAGAACGUGUACGAUAUCAUCAUUGCAUCCGACGAAAAUGAGAUUUUGGGCAACGAAGAUAAGGCUGGUGAGGAGGAGGCUGAAGAGGCCGAGGAACAAGAAGGCGAAGAGGAGACGCAAAAGAGUGAGAAGCGACCGAAGAAGAAGCGCAAGGCUACUGAGCAAGAUCUCGAAUACGGUGUGUCGCGAGGUAUUGACUUUAAGAAUGUGGCAGCUGUUAUCAAUUUUGACUUGCCCACGACUGCCUCGUCUUAUACCCAUCGCAUCGGCCGAACCGCGCGAGCUGGCAAGGCCGGCAUGGCCCUGUCGUUUGUGGUGCCCAAGGACCAGUAUCGCAAGCAUAUGCCUACGACGAUAGCCAGCACGGAAAAGGACGAAAAAAUUAUGGCGCGCAUCACGAAGCAGCAGGCCAAGAAGGGCAAGGAGAUUAAGCCCUACAAUUUCAAUCCAGAACAAGUAGAGGCCUUCCGAUACCGUAUGAAUGAUGCGCUGCGAGCCGUCACAAAGGUGGCGGUGCGUGAAGCGCGAACAAGAGAGCUCCGACAAGAGCUGCUCAAGAGCGAAAAACUCAAGCGGUACUUCGAGGAGAACCCAACGGAAAUGGCCCACCUGCGGCACGAUGGCGAGCUCCGCACGGCGCGCCAACAGGCGCACUUGAAACACAUCCCCGAGUACCUGCUGCCCAAGGAGGGCAAGGAGGCGCUGACAGCGGCCAAGAUUGGAUUUGUGCCGCUGCGCAAAUUCGGCGGCAAGGACCGGAAAAGCAAGAGGGGCAAGUCGGGCAAGAGGAUCGGGUCCCGCAAGGGGGAUCCUCUGAAGACCUUUACGGCGCGCAGGAGGAAGUGA